AUGGCAAGACUCAAGUGGAAAAUUCAAUUGGAAGAUUCAGGUGGAAAAUUGCAUGGCAAGAUUCAGGUGGAAAAUUCAAUGGCAAGAUUCAGGUGCAAAAUUGCAUGGCAAGAUUUAGGUGAAAAAUUCAAUGGCAAGAUCCAGGUAGAAAAUUCAAUGGGAAGAUUCAGGUGGAAAAUUCAAUGGCAAGAUUCAGGUAGAGAAUUCAAUGGAAAGGUUCAGGUGGAAAAUUCAAUGGAUAGAUUCAGGUAGAAAAUUCAAUGGGAAAAUUCAGGUGGAAAAUUCAAUGGCAAGAUUCAGGUGGAAAAUUGCAUGGCAAGAUUCAAGUGGAAAAUUCAAUGGGAAGAUUCAGGUGGAAAAUUGCAUGGCAAUAUUCAAGUGGAAAAUUCAAUGGGAAGAUUCAGGUGGAAAAUUGCAUGGCAAGAUUCAGGUGGAAAAUUCAAUGGCAAGAUUCAGGUGGAAAAUUGUAUGGCAAGAUUCAAGUGGAAAAUUCAAUGGGAAGAUUCAGGUAGAAAAUUCAAUGGCAAGAUUCAGGUGGAAAAUUCAAAUGGUAUGAUUCAGGUGGAAAGUUCAAUGGGAUGA